AUGUUGAAAUCCUGUCAUCAUCACUCGUUGUUUUCAAUGGCUCAUCUUCUUUCUGGCGAAAUUGACGUUUUGCUGCUUCUUGUCUCCGCACAAAUUCACAUCUCUAAUUGCAAGAUGUUUGAAAGCCUUCUACAACUGAAAGAAAUCAGAGAGCGAUUCGAUUAUUGGGUACGCGAUUCGCACUGCUUGAAUCCUGUGAACAAAUCCGUGUUCUACUUUUUCAGGUCGACUGAAAAAUUGCCUCGAAAUCGUCUGAUAAACUGGCUGAUCCAGUUCUACAACUUAUUGAUGGCCAAGUUUUCUCUGUAUUUUACAAAUGUUCUGGCGAAUUUUUGUAGUGUGGACGAUCUGAAGAUAAUUCACACAAUUGACAAUGGAUAUAAUUUCAUAUCGAAUGCUACGCAGAUUGUGAAGAAAACCGAUGCUAUUUGCUUGGCGAUAGUUAUGGAUAGGGAAACUUGUACCGAAAAUUUUUAUGGCCAAUCACACAACGAUAUAUUUGAGAAAUAUCAGCCUCACAUAUACGCUUUUAUUCAAUCGAAUCUUCGUCAUCCAGCUAAAAGCAAGUACAUAUACGAUGCGGAAAGAGACCAUUGCAUGUUCGGUGAUAUAGUCGAGGCGAAGCUCUAUAUUGUGGUGGUGUAUGCCGGCAAAGUUUGUGAGAAAGAUGCAACAAUGCUGACAUUCAUUCAGCAGAUGACCACCUCCCUGAGAGGAUCUCGUUUGUUCCUUUCAUUGAAAAAUGCAGCCAAAUAG